AGGAGAGCUCGAGGGCAUCCUUUUGCUAGGGAGAUCCUCGCCGCUCCUUUGCCGGCCAAUUUCAAGGAAACCAACUUGGUGUAUGACGGGUCAUCGGACCCAUCGAGGCAUGUGAGGACAUUUGAGAAUAUGGCUGUGUUGCAUGGAUAUUCUGAUUCUGUUUGUUGCAGGGCAUUCUUAUCGACCCUACGCGGAGGGGCGCUUGACUGGUUCCAUCAGUUACCCUCGGGGUCGAUUGUGGAUUUUGAGGAUUUCGCCAGCAAACUCACCAACCAAUAUUCGAGCGCGGUGGUGCAAGAGAAGACUUACUUAACCCUUAUGGCGAUGAAACAGGGCGAGAAGGAGUCGCUGAGGAAGUAUGUUGCUCGAUACAAUAAAACAUGUUUGGAAGUGCACUCUGCUUCAGAUGAGGUGAAAGCGGGAGGAUUGAUUAGGAGUCUUAGAGCAGGGCCCUGCCGAACUUCUUUGGCAAAAACCCCGGCUCGAUCAUACGAGGAUGUUCUAAAGCGAUGCAGGAAAUACAUCAAUCUGGAGGAGAUGGAGAUGGAGUUUGCAAAGCUCGAAGGGGUGUCCCAACCAGAACCAAAAAAGGAGCAGAACCACCCGAGGGGAAGAUCACCAAGGAGAAACUCGCCUAAGAGGAGCGAGCGGAAGAGAGCGUCUCCUCGAAGAGGGAGUGGGGAUGCGAAAGGGGAGAAGAGAGAUGAAUGGCAGAGGAGGCCGAUGGUGUUCGAGAGGCAGAGGUAUCACAACUUUACUCCUUUGAGGAAAGAAAUGACAGAAGUGCUCGAGGCCAUGGAGCAGAAGAUGUCGACUGAGGACGUAACUUGGCCGAAGACAAGGUUCACCGGUACUAUGUCAGGGAUGAUCAUGCUUAAUAAUAUUCCUGUGUUCGCUUUAUUCGACACUGGAGCGACGCACUCCUUUAUUUCACGACAAUGCCUUGAUGCCAUCGGAGUUCAUGCCAUUACCGCUGUCGAUACUCUCGAGGUGAGUCUAGCCUCGGGACGAAAGAUAGUGACCUCAACUAAAGCUUCAAAUCUCAGCCUUUCCAUCGGUGGUCGUUCAUUGUCUACCGACGCGUAUGUUUUUGAGAUGAGGGACUUUAACCUCAUUCUCGGGAUGGAUUGGCUAUCCUUUUAUCACGCAGAUAUCAGAUGUCAUGACCGGGAGAUUACUUUAUAUCUUCCGGGAGACGAGUCGAUUACUUUCUUUGGCACUCGGAAUCGUUCAUUGUCUCAUGUCGUUUCAAUGGUGAAAGCUACCAAGUUGCUGCGACGAGGCAACUGCCAGG